UUUGUGUACAGAUCAGCAGGAGAGCCGGACUGGUUGUAAGUAAGAAAGAAGGCUGGCAGGUGGGGGCUGGCAGUGUCCCACUCCCCCUGAAAAACCAGGGCAGGGGUGCCAACUUGAAUAAAAUAUUGGCGAGCAGGGGAGAAAUUGGGGCGCAGAAGCUGGAGCUAGCUUAUAGUCUUCAUGGCCUCCCAGCCAAAUCUUUCACACCUUCUGCCCGCUGCCCGUUUGCGUCAACUGGCCCGUGACUGGCUGCGGGAAGAUGCUCCUGCCUUCGACUACGGUGGCUAUGCUGUCGGUGACCGUCAGGAAUGUGCCGUGCUCCUCUGCAAGUCCCCAGGAGUCUUAGCCGGCUUCCCUUUCUUUGAGGCCAUCUUUGCUGAAGUUGGCUGCUCUGUGGAGUGGCUCCAGUCGGAGGGAGCGUGGGCAGAACCAAUCAGCCGGGUGGCGGAAGUGCGUGGGCCAGCCAAAGAUAUCUUGCUGGGCGAACGGGUGGCCCUGAACUGUAUCGGGCGAUGCAGUGGUAUUGCUACGUCAGCAGCCAAGGCGUGUCAAGCGGCGCGGGAAUCUGGCUGGCAUGGAGAGGUGGCUGGGACGAGGAAGACCACGCCAGGCUUCCGCCUGCCUGAGAAAUAUGCUCUCCUGGUGGGAGGGGCUUCUUGCCACCGCUACGACCUGGGGAGCCUCAUCAUGCUGAAAGACAACCAUGUGUGGGCAUCAGGCGGCGUCACACAGGCUAUCCGGAGUGCCCGGCGCGUUGGAGGCUUCGCCCUGAAGGUGGAGGUUGAGUGCCGUUCAUUGGAAGAGGCUCUUGAGGCAGGAGAAUGUGGUGCAGAUAUUAUCAUGUUGGAUAACUUUGCUCCGCAGGACCUGCACCCCACAGCCAGUACGGUGAAGGCCUCUUUCCCUCGGGCGACAGUGGAAGCCAGCGGAGGGAUCACUGAGGAUAACGUGGCCCAGUUUGUGGGGCCCAACGUUGACGUGGUCUCCCUCGGUUGCCUCACCCAGUCAGCAAGAGCUGUGGAUUUCUCUCUCAAGAUCUGCCGGGAUCCGGCCUCUAAGCCGCCACUGCGGAAUUUUGUCUUCUGAGUCCUUAGGAUGGGAGACCCAGACAAGCGGCCUUGCCAGGUGGCGGGAGGUUUGGUGUUGGUGGGGAUGUGGUAGAGGGUGGGAAGCACCAAUUGUGUACAGU